AUGGCGACGGAUGAUCCCACCCCCUUCCAAGCCAUCCCUUGGGUGUCGAAUCUCCUGAAAGAUGAGUCUUUCAUUACCCUUUCUAUCCCGUCUAGGACCCCAAAAUCAUCAACCGAGGAUAGUCUCUUCUCGAAAACUCUCAAUUCAAGCACCACAUUGUCAGCUUGUCUCAGCCAAUAUCGUCGACCACCACAUCUUACACCAUCCAAGCAUGCCCAAUCGGCCCACGGGACUACUCCAAUAGGUACCGAGGAACUUCGCACGUUCUGGAUUGUGGGCUCGGACCUCAAUGGAUAUCCCGGUAUUCUGCAUGGUGGCAUAGCAGCGACUCUUAUGGACGAAGUCACAGGUCUCCUCUUAACCAUCAACGGCAAUGUCGGGGAUGCUUCCCUUCGGGAGGCAAAAGAUGCAGAUCCAGGACCGGUGACCGCAUAUUUGAACACAAACUUCUUGCGGCCUAUUCUUACACCUGGAGCAAUCCUUGUACAGGCGAGAAUGAAAGAAAUGAAGGAAAAUCGGAAAUGGAGGAUAGAGGCGCAGAUCUGUGAUAGUGAGGGCCAAGUCCUUGCGACGGCGGAGGCUCUGUUUAUCAAACUACGAUCCAAGAUCUAA